CUCGUAUAGGUGAACGUGUUGGCGCACUUGACUCUGACUCAAUACCUGGUUCGAGUGCCUACUCGACUGCUCCCAUAUUGCCGUCCAUCACCAACGCAUCUUCCUCCCGCACUUUCUAAGCGAAGCAUCGUCAAAAUCUGGAUCUGAGACUCUUCCGCCUCUCACGAGUCGCUCCUCUUGAACAGUGGCCAUCGAGAUGGUGCUGUCUCCAUCUGUUGGCACUUCGGCGGCUACGCGCCUGGCUUUCAGGCAAGGCAUCAGCGCUCCUUGCCGAGGCGCAACCGUGCCACGCCUCGCGAGCUCAUCGCUGACACACGACUCUGUGGCGCUUGCAAGACGGCUAAGUGCGCGCGGCAUCUCUUCGAAGACUAGCGCUAGUGCAGUCACCGCAGCCGCUGCUCCCGCUUCAAGUGUCGCGGCUUGCAGUCGAAGCUUGGCAACGGUGGCCUCAUCAAACACCGGCAGCAAGCCUCCCACUGCGGUCUUGCUGAUGAACAUGGGUGGUCCAUCGACACUGAACGAAGUGGGCGACUUUUUGUCCCGCCUAUUCCACGAUCGUGAACUUAUCCAACUUCCCUUUCAAUCGAGACUGGCGCCGCUCAUCGCAGCUCGCAGGACGCCCAAGAUUAAGGAUCAGUAUGCAAAGAUUGGUGGAGGAUCUCCAAUCUUGAGAUGGACCAGAACCCAGGGAGACGCCAUGGCGACCAUGCUGGACGAGCUGCACCCCGCCACUGCCCCUCACAAGGCUUACAUCGCUUUCAGGUACGCCAGACCUCUGACGGAGGAAGCACUGGAUGAGAUGGCCAAGGAUGGCGUCACGAGAGCCGUCGCUUUCACUCAGUAUCCUCAAUAUUCCUGCUCUACCACCGGCUCCAACCUCAACGAGCUGUACAGAGAAAUCCAGCGCAGGAGAAAGGAAGGCAGACCCGAAGCUGAUAUCAGGUGGAGCGUCAUUGACCGAUGGCCCACGCACGAAGGGCUCGUCGAGGCUUUCACUCAAAGGUUGAGGGACACCCUAGAGACCUACCCAGCCGAGAUCCGCCAAACGGUGCCGAUCAUGUUCUCUGCGCACUCGCUGCCCAUGCAGAUCGUUUCAGGAAGGGGCGAUCCCUACCCAGCAGAAGUAGCAGCCACAGUCGCAGCAGUCAUGGCGCGUCUUGGUUGGUCAAACCCUUACAGGGUUACUUGGCAGUCGCAAGUUGGCCCAAGCGCCUGGCUUGGACCUCAGACCAGCGAUACUGUCAAGGGAUGGGCGAAGCAGGGUCACAAGCAUGCUGUGGCUGUGCCUAUCGCAUUUACCCAGGAUCACAUCGAGACUCUCUACGAGCUCGACAUUGAGCUGGUGGAGGAAGCGGAAGAGCACGGCAUGCAACUCAAGCGAGUCGAGUCGCUCAACGAUCACCCGCUCUUCUUGCGGGCAUUGGCGGACAUUGCAGCAGCUCACCUGCAAUCCGUCGAGGGUACCAAGGCGACCUCCGAGACUUCCUCGGUCGCUGUACACCCCUUCGCGCAGGGCAAUUGCAGUACUCAGAUGGGUCUGCGUUGCCCUGGGUGCACCAAUGCAGUGUGUGGUGAACAGAAGGCCUUCUUCAAGAGUGGUGGUGCACCACUCGAUGCUGCUGCUUGAUAACGUCCUGCCCAUAUGCCCAGCCCGCGACUUCUGACGUUUCCUGCAAAUCGGUCAUUUGAGCAAUACAAACUUUGCAAACUCGG